GUGCCGUGCCCUGCCGCGCGCGUGCGCAGGCGACACGCCGUGGGACGAAGCCGAGCCGCUGAACCGCCGCCAGGUCUGCUCCGGCUGCACGCCGCCCGCCGCACCGCCGCCCGCGUCCUUCUCCUCCUCCUCCUCCUCCUCCUCCUCCGCCAACGCCGCCGCCAUGGGAGUGCAGGUGGAGACCAUCUCUCCUGGAGACGGGCGCACCUUCCCGAAGCGCGGCCAGACCUGCGUGGUGCACUACACGGGGAUGCUUGAAGAUGGAAAGAAAUUUGAUUCCUCUCGGGACAGAAACAAGCCUUUUAAGUUUAUGCUAGGCAAGCAGGAGGUGAUCCGAGGCUGGGAAGAAGGGGUAGCCCAGAUGAGUGUGGGUCAGAGAGCCAAACUGACAAUCUCCCCAGAUUAUGCCUAUGGAGCGACUGGGCACCCAGGCAUCAUCCCACCACAUGCCACUCUGGUCUUCGAUGUGGAGCUUCUAAAACUGGAAUGACAGAAGUGGCCUCCUCCCUUAGCUCCUUGCACAUGGAACCCAGAGGCCACAGCCAGGGACUGAGUGAGGAUGCUUUUUGGAACCUCAUUGUGUUGUCAGCAUCGGGAGUGGGAGGGGCGGCCUCCUUCUGUUUUUAGCAAGCUAAACUUAAUGUUAGGUUACCAGGAGAAAAGCCAUAUGAACCACUCAUGGCAAGUCGACACAAGAAAGUUACUUGCCGGAAAACUGAGUCAAUUCAUCAGCUUUUUCCAGCUUUAAGAAGUUGCCUGGUUCAAGACCUCUCAGCUGCUCAGGACGGGACUUGACAUGAUAGAUAAUAUUGUGACUGUCCACGCAUAGAACAAUGAGUUACUGGAACUCACAGAUUUUCUGUCCCC